CUGCAGUCUCCUCUUCUUUCUCCUUGGUGUGAGUCUCCAACCAAAGAGCCACCAUGCCUGCCUACGGUCCGUCACUCAUGGACCAGCCGUCCGAAUGGUUCCUCGCGGGGAAACCGGACGUCAUGCGAGCGCUGAAGACGGCUCCCUACGACCCCAAGAAGAACUUUUGGGCUCCUGAUAAAAAGGAGAUCUUUGUCAAGGUCGAAGCCAAGAGCGAGAAAGGUGAUGACGUCACCUGCGUGGCUGCUGGAGGAGCGACUGUUGUCGUCAAGAAGUCCAAGCUGUUGCCGCAGAACCCCUCCAAGUUCGCCUGCGCAGAGGACAUGGUGAACAUGACCUUCCUGCACGAGGCCGCUGUGCUGGGGAACCUGAGGGAGCGUUAUGAGAACACUCUCAUCUACACCUACUCCGGCCUGUUCUGCGUCGUGAUCAACCCAUUCAAGCUUCUGCCCAUCUAUACCCCGAACGUGGUUGACACGUACCGCGGCAAGAGGCGUACGGAGGUGCCGCCCCAUCUCUUCUGCGUGGUGGACAAUGCCUACCAGAACAUGUUGGCAGAACGCCAGUGCCAAUCUUGCCUCAUCACCGGCGAGUCUGGUGCCGGGAAGACUGAGAACACGAAGAAGGUUAUUGCGUACCUGGCCAUGGUUUCCGGAACUCCCGGUGGUGGCCAGGAGAAGAAGAUCGGUCUAGAGGAGCAGAUCGUGCAGACUAACCCUGUACUGGAGGCUUUUGGUAACGCCAAGACUGUGAGGAACAACAACUCCUCCCGAUUCGGUAAAUUCAUCCGUAUCCACUUUACGAAACCAGGCAAGCUGUCCGGAGCUGACAUCGAAAGUUACCUGCUGGAGAAGUCCCGUGUUGUGGAUCAGCUGCCCGGCAUGGAGCGUGGUUACCACAUCUUCUUCCUGAUCAUGUCCAACGGAAUCCCGGCUGUCACGGAGCGCAUCAUGACUGGCACGGACCCCUCCCAGUAUCACUUCAUCAAGGAGGGUGUGUACACCGUGGCAGGUAUGAACGACCAGGAGGAGAUGGGCCUGACCGACGAGGGUUUCGACAUCCUGGGUUUCUCGAACGAGGAAAAGAACAGUGUGUACGACUUCUGUGCCGGCAUCCUGCAUAUAGGAAAUCUGACAUACGUAGACAAGAAAGACCAGGGAGACUGCGAAGAUCCUGCUCCUGCGGAGAAAGGAGGCCGUAUGUUCGGCGUCGAUGGCAUGCAACUUUUGAACAACAUCUUGAAGCCACGUGUCAAGGUCGGCAACGAGUUUGUGACCAAGGGCCAGACAGCUCAACAGUGUAUGAACUCCACUAGUGGCUUGGCCAAGGGCAUCUAUGGCAAGAUCUUCAAGUACCUGAUCGACAAGUGUAACGAGACACUGGCUACUGAGCACGAGAGAGCCUUCUUCAUUGGUGUGCUGGACAUUGCUGGCUUUGAGAUCUUCGAGCUCAACAGUCUCGAUCAGAUCUGUAUCAACUACACCAACGAGAAGCUGCAGCAGUUCUUCAACCACCACAUGUUCGUACAAGAGCAGGAGGAGUACAAGGCUGAGCAGAUCGAAUGGACAUUUGUCGACUUCGGUAUGGACUUGGCCGCCUGCUUGGAGCUGAUCGAGAAGAAAGGAGGUCUGCUGCCAACGCUGGAGGAACAGUGUAUCAUGCCUAAGGCCUCUGACCAGACCUUCAUCGAGAAACUGCACAACACUCAUCUGGGCAAGCAUCCCAAGUACGGCAAGCCCAAGCCAGGCAAGAAGAAGUACGAGGCUCACUUUGAGCUGGGUCACUACGCCGGACCUGUGGCCUACAACAUCUCCAACUGGCUGGACAAGAACAAGGACCCAGUGAACGAGAGCGCUGUCAUCACGCUGAAGGGCAGCAAGAACCCACUCAUGCCUUUCAUUUGGGCAGACUACCAGACAGCAGAAGAGCAGGCUGCUGACAAGAGCGGUGGCAAGAGGAAGAAGAGUGGCUCCAUGCAGACUGUGACCAGUGUUCAUAGGGAGCAACUUGGUGCCCUGAUGGCCAACCUCCACGCCACCUACCCCAGCUUUGUGCGUUGCCUGAUCCCCAACGAAAUCAAGACUGGUGGUAUCAUCGACGGGCCUCUGGUCUUCAACCAGCUGACUUGCAACGGUGUACUUGAGGGUAUCCGUAUCUGCCAGAAGGGAUUCCCCAACAGGAGCAUCUAUGCCGACUUCUUCGACAGGUACAAGGUCCUGGCCGCUGACUUGUUCGACCCCAACGAAUUCUUGGAGGGUAAGGAAGCCUGCCAGAUGAUCUUGGACAAAAUCAAGCUGGAGAAGACCAGGUAUUCCUGUGGUCUCAACAAGGUGUUCUUCAAGGCUGGCACCCUGGCUAUUCUUGAGGAGAUCCGCGAGGAGAAGGUCAACGAAAUCUAUGUGAAAAUGCAAGCUCGUGCACUUGGCAAGAGCGCGAGAAAGAAGUUCAUGAAGAUGUUCGGUGCAAGGGCUGCUGUCGGCACACUGCAACGCAACAUCCGUGCAUGGUUCAGGCUGCGCGAUGACUGGUGGAUCAAGAUGUACCAGAAGCUGCAGCCCAAGCUGACUGGAGGCAUGGCAGAAGAACUUCUCAAGGAAACCAAGAUAAAAUUCGCGGCAAUGGAAAAACACUACGAGAAGGUUACCAAGGAUCGUGCUGAGUUGCAAGCAAAGUAUAACGACGUCCAAGCCGCCAAGGACAAGAUCAAUGAGCUUCUUUUCAACGAGAGAGACAUCAUGCUGAACGGCGAGGAGCGCGUGAACUCCCUGCUGAAGGAGAAGGCAGAACUGGACGCCCAGCUGCAGGAAAUCGAGGAGCGCGUGGAGGAUGUGUCCGACCAGAACAGGCAGAUGGAGUCCAAGAAGAUGAAGGCGGAGCAGGAAUGCGACGAAAUGAGAAAGGAGAUUGAAUCCAUCACACUGAAGCUGAACAAGAGGGAGAAGGAGAAGCAGGAGGUGGAGGACAAACUGCGCGCCAUGACUGAGGAGGUGGCCGUGAACGACGAGCUGGUCGGCAAGCUCGGCCGGGAGAAGAAGAAGCUGGAGGAGCUCAAUGCGCAAACCCUGGAUGACCUCCAGUCCGAGGAAGACAAGACCCAGAACCUCACCAAACUCAAAGUCAAGCUGGAGCAGACCUUGGAUGACCUUGAGGACAAUCUUGAGCACGACAAGAAGAUCCGUGCGGAUGUUGACCGCGUCAAGAGGAAGCUGGAGAACGACCUGAAGAACGCCCAGGAUCUGGUGGUUGAGCUGGAGCGUUACAAGGUCGAGCUGGAGGAGAAGUACAAGAAGAAGGAGUUCGAGAUCAACGCCCUGAACACUAAGGUUGAGGACGAGACUUCCCAGGCAACUCAGCAGCAGAAGAAGACUAAGGAGCUGCAGGGCAGGAUCGAGGAGCUGGAGGAGGAACUGGAGACAGAAAGAGCGGCUCGUGCAAAGCUCGAGAGGCAGCGUGCCGAACUCUCGCGUGAGUUGGAGGACAUCGGUGAGAAGCUGGAAGAAUCUAGCGGUGCCACAGCUGCCCAGGUUGAGCAGAACAAGAAGCGCGAGGCCGAGCUCCAGAAGGUUCGUCGUGAGUUGGAGGAGGCUACCAUUGGCCAUGAAGCUGCCACCGCCAGCUUGAGGAAGAAGCACAACGACACCGUGGCGGACAUGACUGAGUCAGUCGAGAACCUGCAGAGGGCCAAGACCAAGCUGGAGAAGGAGAAGAACUCCCUCAGGGUGGAGGUCGAUGACCUGGCUUCUAACGUUGAGCAAGUCACCAAGCAGAAGGUCCAAGCUGAGAAAAUGAACAAGCAGCUUGAGGAUCAAUACGUAGAGGCUAACCAGAGGCUGGAGGAGAAUGCCCGUGUCGCACAAGAAUUGGGAUCACUGAAGACACGCCUGACCGCCGAGAACAACGACCUGCAGCGCCAGCUGGAAGAGUCAGAAGGAGUCGGGAACCAGCUCAGCAGAACCAAGAGCAUGCUCACACAGCAGAUGGAGGAAGUCAAGCGUCAGCUCGAGGAGGAGACCAAGGGCAAGAACGGCCUAGCUCACCAGCUGCGUGCUACUCAGUCCGACUGCGAUGCUCUGCGUGAGUCCCUGGAGGAGGAGCAGGAGGCCAAGUCCGAGAUUCAGCGCAAUCUGGCCAAGGCUAACUCUGAGGUGGCGGCCUGGCGCUCCAAGUACGAGACCGACGCCAUCCAGAGGACAGAGGAGUUGGAGGAGGCCAAGAAGAAGCUGGCAGCCAGACUGCAAGACGCUGAGGAGCAGGUUGAGUCCGCCAACGCCAAGUGCGCCAGCCUGGAGAAGACCAAGAACAGGUUGGCUGGCGAGGUGGAGGACCUGAUGUUGGAUGUGGAAAAGGCCAACACACUGGCGUCUCAGCUGGAGAAGAAGCAGCGUCUGGUCGACAAACAGACCGCCGAGUGGAGGCAGAAGGCGGAAUCUCUUGGCAACGAGUUGGAGACAUCGCAGAAGGAGCACCGCGCCUACCAGACCGAGCUUCUGAAGCUGAAGAAUGUCUUUGACGAGGGCGUUGAGGCCCUUGAUGCCCUGAAGAAGGAGAAUAAGGCUGUUGUCAGAACUCAGCUUGAACUCGCUCAGCUGAAGGGUGAUAUCGAGAAGAAAAUCGCCGAAAAGGAUGAAGAAUUCGAAAGCUCGCGUAAGAACCAGGCUCGCGCCAUGGAUGGCAUCCAGGCCUCUAUCGAGAUCGAGAGCAAACAAAAGGGAGAAGCACAGAGAGCAAAGAAAUUCCUGGAAGGCCAUCUCAACGAGGUUGAGGUUCAGCUGGAGACCGCCAACAGGUCCAACGCUGAGGCCAGGAAGACCAUUGCCAAGCUGCACUCCCAAAUCCAGGAGAUGCAGGUCAGCAUUGACGACGAACAGCGGCAGCGUGAUGAGAUCCGUGAGCAGUACAACAUGUCUGAGCGUAAGUGCCAGAUGCUGGUGGCCGAAGGUGACGAGGUGCGAGGCGCACUGGACAACGCAGAGAGAUCCCGUAAGGUCGCUGAAUCUCAGCUGGUGGAAACCAAUGAGAGGCUUGGUGAGCUGAGCACACAGAACUCAGCAUUGUCCGGACACAAGCGCAAGCUGGACGGUGACCUGUCGCAGAUCCAGUCCGAGCUGGAAGAGGUCAUCGGCGAUCACAAGAACACCGAGGAGAGGGCCAAGAAGGCCAUGGCUGAUACCUCCCGUAUGGCUGAGGAUCUGCGUGUGGAGCAAGAGAACUCUCAGCACGCCGAGAAGGUCAAGCGCACCAUGGAGGCUAACCUGAAGGAUCUGCAGCGCCGCCUGGAUGAGGCUGAGGCAAUUGCACUCAAGGGAGGCAAGCGCGCCAUCCAGAAGCAGGAGAACAGGAUCCGCGACCUGGAGAACGACAUUUCCCAGCAGAGCCGCCUGCACCAGGAGGACCUGAAGCAGCUGCGUAAGAACGAGCGCCGUCUCAAGGAGAUGACCUUCCAGGCCGACGAGGACCGCAAGAACCAGGAGCGCAUCCAGGAGCUGGUCGAGAAGCUGCAGCUGAAGAUCAAGACCUUCAAGCGCCAAGUGGAGGAGGCUGAGGAGCAGGCAUCGUCCAACAUGGCCAAGUACCGCAAGGCCCAGCACGAGUACGAGGACGCCCUGGAGCGUGCCGAGAUUGCUGAGGGCUCCCUCAACAAGCUUCGCUCCAAGUCCCGUUCUUAGAUGAAGCGCCAGCCACUAGUGACAUCGUUCACUUAGUAUCGCAGCCUUCCCUUUCUCCUGUCUUGUCUUUCGUUUCAUUGGUUGAUACUUUCAGCUCAAUCCAGUAAUAAAAUGUAGUCAAACCCUA